AUGGUCGAUAAAAAACUGCAUGAGAACAAAAUUGAACUUGAAAAUCUAGAUUAUGCAAAACGUGCAUUGAAAGACACAAACAACGAAACACGACUUAUACGUGCUGUAACAACCAAUAGAACGAUAGGGUUACUAAAGCAUGGAUUAGAAAGUCAAGUUGAAAAAUCCGAAGGUUAUAAACAUCAAUAUCAGGAAGAGGUAAAGCGAAGAAAAGUCGACGACGAGAAUUACCAACAUGGCAAAUCUUCCUCUCCAGUACGAACACCCGAACAUCAAAUAAGUUCUUCAAGUUUAUUCGUUCCCUUAACCCCGAAUGGGAAUGAUGCUCCAGUACGAACUCCCGAACAUCAAAUAAGUUCUUCAAGUUCAUUCGUUCCCUUAACAACAAGAAUUGAAAGUGACGAUGAAGAAACUAACAGCGAUAACUUCGACACAAAUAAGCGAGAUCCUAAAAAUUUUACAUUUAAUGAAUUUGUGGAUGGGAAUGACGAAUAUACUGUUCUUGAUGAGGAUCUUGGAUUGAAAGAGGCAAAAAAGGCUGUAACAAGAUCAUUCGCAAAGUCUUUUGAAGAUCCUGCUGAUCAGGAAACAUUCGAUAGAAUGCAGAAUGGAAAUAUACCUGUUAAUCCGCUAAAUGAUUCUAUCAGUGAGGGCACACUGACUGUAAAUAUAAUUAGUCCAAUAUUACGUUCCUUCAUUCAUGGUGCAUCAAUACAUUCGACUACAUGGCCAAACACUGCCAGCAUGAGUGCAAAGAUCCGUAAACUUGCUAACUUGGAUCCUUCAAGGGCAAAACAACCAGAUAUGAUUGAAUACAAAGGAGAGUCGUAUGGUUUUUGUGUGGCAGGCGAUUGUGACAUUAUAAUGAUUUUAAUUGCACCGGUGCUCUAUAUUAUGAUUGAUGUUGGACAAAUUGAGUUUCCCAAGUCAUUUCAAACCUGUGGACAAUUCAUUGACAACAUUGAUAAAUUAUUCGCAUUCACGAAAAAAUAUAAAUAUGAAAUACAGAAGCUUCGUGACGAUAUGAACAAAAAGAAAAAAGUCAUCGGUAUUCCUGAAGAAAUCAUCAA